CUAUUAUCGGAGUCAUGUUGCAGCUCCGGCUGCCGAACGAAUGGCCUACUUUGCCGUUCUCCUCAACGGAAGGUGACCAGCCCAAAGGUGCCGAUAACGACGACAUCACCAAUAUCAUGCCAGAAGAACUAUGUUUCAGCUCCUUUGCGCGCGCCUGUGCGGCUAGGCGGGCUCUCCAGCGUCUGCAUGCGCACUCCUUCCCCUCUGCCGCCUCCGGGUCCAGCCCACCUGCACCUAAAAAGCCGCGUCUCCACAGUGAUUCACAGAUGCCCCCAACACCUGCAGCGGUAGACGCGGCGGCGACCGGCGGACCAGAUCCCGCUAUGUCCUUGCAGCCGGCGGCAGCGGCGUCCAGUCCGCCACAGGAGUUCUCUCUGCUUCUGACCAACUGCCGAGUCCUGGAUGUUGCGGCAGGGAAUUACCUAGAGGGCUUGCAAAGUGUUUUGCUCCAGGGAGGGCUCAUUCGGGAGGUCCGACCCAUGGGUCAUGCGGGGGCCACCACGACGGUGACGGUGGCGGCGGCGGAGUCAGCAGAUGCGGAGUCAGCAGAUGCGGAGUCAGCAGAUGCGGAGUCAGCAGAUGCGGAGUCAGCAGAUGCGGAGUCAGCAGAUGCGGAGUCAGCAGAUGCGGAGUCAGCAGAUGCGGAGUCAGCAGAUGCGGAGUCAGCAGAUGCGGAGUCAGCAGAUGCGGAGUCAGCAGAUGCGGAGGCUGAGGCGGGAAUUGCGCCGAUUGAGGGAUUUAGAACUCAUCCUCCUACAGCAGUGGAGGUGGACUGUGGGGGCGCUGUAUUGAUGCCUGGUCUUUGCGACGCUCACGUACACUGUACGGCAGUCACUGCUAACCUGGCGGGCCUUAUGUCGCUGCCGGAGUCGUACGUGUCGACAAAGGCGGCGCACAUCCUGGCCGGCAUGCUGGCGCGAGGGUUUACCACAGUACGGGACGCAGGCGGUGCGGAUUUCGGACUGGCUCAAGCCGUGGAGGAGGGCCUGGUGCUCGGACCUCGCAUCUUGUUUACGGGUCAUGCUCUGAGCCAGACGGGCGGCCACGGAGACUUCCGGGGCCGCGGAGAGGAGAUGUGUGCGUGCGGAGCCGCGCUGCGGGGCAUCGGCCGCGUGUGCGAUGGAGACGCAGAGGUGAUGGCUUCGGGCGGCGUUGCUUCCCCCACUGACAGGUUGACCAACACGCAGUUCUCUGAGGCGGAGCUCAAAGCGAUCGUGGAGGAGGCGGGUGCGGCCGGGACCUACGUGUGCGCCCACGCCUACACCCCCGCCGCCAUACAGCGCGCCGUGAAAUGCGGCGUGGCGUCUAUCGAACACGGCAAUUAUCUGGACGAGUACACAGCGCGGCUCAUGAGCCAUCGACGGGUCUUCUUGGUACCGACUCUGGUAACGUACCGCGAGAUUGUACGGCAUGGUACGGCGGCGGGGAUGCCAGAGAAGCUGGUUGCCAAGGUUGGUGAUGCUGUCGACGCGGGUCUCAGGUCGCUGUCCAUUGCCGACAAAGCCAAGGUGCCCAUGUGCUUCGGAAGCGACUUGCUAGGGAACAUGCAUCCUGCACAGGCUGGCGAGUUCGAGCUACGAGCACGUGUGCUGCCAUCCGCCUCCAUCUUGCGCUCGGCCACCGUCAAUUGCGCGGCACUGUUCGGGAUGAAGAAACUGGGCCAGGUGCGCCCCGGCUACCGAGCCGACCUUCUGCUGCUGCGGCCCGGCCUGGAUCCGUUGGCUGACGUGGCGGUGUUGGCGGCUCCGGGGGGCGGAGCUUUGGCCAUGGAAAUGGCUGAUGCCCCUGCAAACCAGCAAAACGAUCCGGGCCUCCACGACGGUUUGGGUGGCAACCCUCCUGGCGGAGAGCCCAGCACAGCUGGCGACGCUGAGUCGUUCAUCAUGCCGGAAAUGACCGAGAUGUUGAGUAACCUGCAAGCCUUUUUCAGCAAUCACUGUAUCCCGCGAGCUCGGGCUGUCGAAACGGAGGUAGCGAAUCUCCAAUACGAGAUCAACGGCGUCACAGACCGCGCAGAAGCGGAGAAAAGCGAAGCCCUCAACGAGUUGAACCGGCUGGGCAAGCUCGUUCUCAACUUUCAAAGUCGUAUUUCUCAGCUUCUGCAAUUUGACCCCUUCGGGGGCCAGCGAUGA